GUGUAAAAUAAGUCAAUACGACUCACGUCGCCGUCGCCCUUAAACACCACAACAACAUCAUGUUUUCGCUGCUGACGAAGCGUGAAAAUGCCCACUCUGAGGGCAUCUGGGCAUGCGCCUGGGGCCACUUUGUCCCCGAUGAAAAGAACAAGGAAGCGGCGAACGUCGAUAAGGAGAACGAGGGAGAAGACAAGGAGAACCAAGAACGACGCGACGACAACGAUCAGAACUUACCAGAGACGGAACAGAGGUACAUCGUCACCGGGGGACUGGAUGACCUAGUCCGGGUGUGGCGGUGGUCGGGGGAUGGCGUCGAGGGCGAACUGACACCCCUACACACCCUCGAGGGUCACUCACUGGGUGUUAUAUCGGUCGACGUUAAUGCUGCCGGGACCAUAGCAGCCUCUUCCUCUCUGGACUCGACCAUUCGAUUGUGGGAUCUCCACACUGGUGAGCAGGUGAGAGUGACGCUUAGGGUCUAACACUGUCUUCUUUUA